AUGUCAUAUUAUUCGUAUCCUCCUCCACCAAAUUAUCCGGGACAAGGAGGAGCCUCGUACCCCCCUCCAGCAGCACCUUAUCAGGGGCAGGGACCUUCUUACCCUCCAGCAGCACCUUAUCCGGGACAAGGCGCCACGUACCCCCCACAAGCACCUUAUCAGGGACAAGGACCCUCGUACCCCCCACCAGCACCUUAUCAGGGAGUAAAUGACGCCACUUAUCCUCCAGCUGGAACUUAUCCGGGAGUUAACGAUACCACAUACCCUCCAGUAACACCUUAUCCGGGGGUUAACGACGCCUCGUACCCUUCCCCAACAACCUAUCCAGGCCAAGAAGGUGCCCCUGUCGAAGGUCAAACCCAACCCGGAAACCAACCAAACGUUUAUCCACCAACGAGCAAUAUGGGUUUUGGACAAAGUCCCCAAUAUUACGACGGAGCACAAGGCUACAUGGUCGCACCGUACGCCAACGCACCUUACGUCAAUUCCGGUGGGAGCAGUGGGAGAAACACGUGCCUCAGCGUGGUCAUCGCGGUCGUAUGCAUUUUCGCUAUACUAGGUUUCAUCAUCCUCGCCGUCUCUGUAAGAGGUGGAGGAGGUGGAGGUUAUCAUUCUGGUGGAGGUUAUCAUUCUGGUGGAGGUUAUCAUUCUAGUGGAGGUUAUCGUUCUGGAGGAACAAUUUUCCGUACGAAGACAUACAGAUCCUCCGGGUCCUGUUGUGGUGGUCGCCGCCGAUUUGGAAGGUGA